AUGAAAGGAACUAUCGAUGACAACUUUGACUACGACGAUAACGUCAACGACGAUGACCACGUCAUCCAUGAAAAUAGUGAUAAUUACAAGGACGACCACAAGGACGAUAACUGCAACAACGAUAUCGACGACUACGACGGUCACAACACCGACGACGAAGGCUACAACAACGAUGACAACGAUAACUAUGACAUCGCCUGCAAUAACGAGAUCGUCGUCAAGAACUGCUUUAAUGAGAGUACCCAACAGUUGGGACCAGUAUUGGAAGAAUUGGCAACACAUCGCAAUGUGUGGCAGUUGGGCUCCAAACGUCUAGAGCGCCAUGACGCGUGUAGAGUAAAACUCUGCUCGGAAGGCCCGUCAAUGCGCUAUGGAGACAGCCCAGAGCAGCAAUUCGCAAUUAAAUUCUGCACCAAAACUGGCAACCCUUCUCAAGUACAGACAUAUCCGAUGGUUCAAGACAUCCUUUAUCCAAAUCCUUGUCGGACAGUUGGAGCAAAUGGAGUGUUCAAGAAAUCAUCACCGAACAAUAAACUGACCUUGUACCUGAGCAGCAGAGAUCUCGUUGUGUCUGGCGACCGCAUUGACAAGCUCCAGGGAGUUCUGCUCGUUGACCCGGAUUACCUGCAGGAUCGGAAGUUCCUUACUACGACUUCAAGUACUUUUCCUAUUACUGAUGAUUACUAA